AUGGCCGACGAUCCCAGCAUGUUAGGUGGGUACACCGCCUGUCGAAUUGGCGGGCGUGCUGUCUUAAACGCGCCGUCGUUAGAGCUUGACCGACCGGCGGAAAAUGAAGCAUCGAAUUCUGAUGGUCAGCCUAUGUCGACGGCGUCGAAAUGCGAAGGCCAAGCCGGUAAGCUUUUAUUCUUCACCGCCGAACUCCACGUUGACGACGACCGCCUCUCGAUAGACGAUAAAAGCGACGACAGGAGGGAGGGACAAUCAUUUCACAUUGACUUACCAAGUGAAUCUGAAGACGAGGCCCUUGAAUCGCCAACAGCCGGCUCCUGCAACCCUAUACAAACGGUCGAACCAUCUGAUGUCGAAGCUCAACUUAUCUCGAAGGAGUCGAAGGGUAAAGGACGUGCCGGUAAAUUCUUUGCACCUACCGGCGACAUCCACAUUGCUUACAAUCACCUUUCGGUAGAUGAUAGCACCAACACCGCCGGGGAAGGAUGUCCCCAGAGUGGAAUGCCAUUCCACAUCGACCUGCCCAGCGACUCUGAGGACGAAGAAGUCACGCAUCCGGCGCAGGGUAGGGGGGGAACCGGCUACAAUGUUAGUCAAUCGGUCGUCUCGAAUCGCUACCUCCGGGAGCACAUCGAGUCGCUGAGGUGGAUGUAUGACCAACUUCGAAUGCGAAACAAUUCGAUAGUACGGUUGAGGGACUUGAUGCAACGGGACCUCGACGAGAUUAAUCGAGCGAUUAGAACGAAGGAGGAGGAGGAGAUGUAG